UGGAUUACAUGUUAGAUUGAGGAGGGGCAUACAGAGGGAGGAGCCCCAAAGAAUUCUGUCAGUGUGUUGGUGAGAGAAGAGCUAAGCAUGUCUGAGGGUGUGAUCUGCUUCGGACUGGCUGAACCUGUGUGACGGAGUGUCUGUCAGAGGCUUCGGAGCCGGUGGUGGAGCUGCUGGAGAGCUGACCCCCACUCCCCAGCAGCCUCCUGUGGACCAGCUCCGUGUUGUCAUGCUCAGCGUCUGAUGUUUUUAAAGGACACAGGCUGCCCAGAAGCCAGGAGAGGGGCGUGAUGGCCGGAUGGAACCUUACUCAUUCAUGCAUCUCCAGAUAUUUGCUUGGACUUCUGCUGGCGUCCCCUCCUGAUUCCCUCCACCCACCCCUUAGCGAGGCUAUCUGCCUUCCUGAAUGGAGACCGCUGUACCCACACAUGUGAGGAUCACUGUGACAGCCCAUGAUCUGGAUCAGACUGCCUUCAUCGCACUGCUUUUAGACGAUACCUGCAGAUUUCUAAAGAAUUUACCUAUUCACUCAUCAGCUGCUCUUCUUCUCAUCCUCCAUGAUUUUAACACAGACAGCAGCUCUCCUGAUCUGAAUCUGAGCUGACUGAUGCUGUCAAUGACCAGGAUGGACUGAGUUACAUGUCAGAUGGGGACGCAUCACAUUAAGAUAAGGUGAAGUAAAUAAAUACCAUCAGAGAUGAUUCAUCUGACAUGGUAAUGAAGAUUUAUUUGCCUCAUUAGCUGCAUGCUUACAGGAAGAGAUUUGAAUGCUUCUAGGGACAAAAGACUGACAGCGUACUGAAGGUUACCAGGAGUGGAUUUUGUUUUUGUUCUUUUUCCAUAGAAAUAACAAUUACAGUCAGAUCAGAAAUCUAUAAUUGAAAUAAAGAAGGUCAGAGACUGGAAUCUGGGGGAUGGAUGAUGAAACCAUAGAGUCUUCCAAGGAGAAACUUCAUCUCCCUCCAUGUAAAUUUUUAGUUUCCGUUGUGCUGUUAGAUUCUCUCUCACCCAACCACGCUGCAGAUGCUCUGUCGUUCAUGUUCAGUCUGGUUGAAUUAAUCCACGGUGUCUUCUAAAGCCUGGCCACAUGAGUGGAGGCGGCGCCCUGCAGCAACGCACUACCUACCUCAUUUCCCUCACCUUGGUGAAGGUAGAGGCUGUGGAGGAGAAUGGAGGAGAGGGCAAGAACGCCUCCCAGGGGAUGGAGGUGGAGGGUGGACAAGAAGGGAGGAUGAGAGUGGAGACUGAAGGUGGAGCUCCUACUCAGACUGAAAAUGGGGCUGGAGUGGCUGGAGGAGACAGCAGAACAUCCCCCCUCCCAACAGAUAGCCUGACUCCUCAUGUUGAUGUUGGAAGUAAAGGAGGUAAAAGGCCUCCAUGUGAGCUCCUGAUCUCUGUUCCUUCAGAGACAAGGACAGUUCAGAAGUCUCCAGUCAUAGCUGCGAAGAUGGUUGUCACCCAAGAGGCAAAGCAAAGCAGAUCUCCAUCACUGGAGGUGGUAGAGCCCAGCCAGACCCCCACCAGAACGAGUCUCCCAAUUCGUCCAGCAGGACAGCGUCCCGUGAGUCUCCUCAAAUCUCACAGCAGUGUUGCCACCCGUGGUCGUGAAUCCAGAGAGGGCCGAGAGCGAAGCCCUACUUCAGCACAGAGCCUGGAUCGAAAGGACUGCCGCGGGCUGACGCGCUCGCCAGGCCCCUGCCGUGCCUCCUGGGCUGAGGCAAGCCGGUCUGAAGGAUGGAGGGAUGUUCGAGAUGAGGCUCAAGCUGAAAUGCCUCAGGACACUGGAGUUGGAGUGGCAGCAGUGAUGAGGGACAUCCCCAGGAAGGAGAGACUAAAAACAGGCUCAACCUCUCUACCUGCACCUACAACACAGGUCUCUAAACCGGCUCGUAAAGGUAAAAGCCGUACGCUGGAUAACAGUGACCUGAACAGCCUGUCUGAAGACCUGGGGCUGGCGAGGGAAGCCCAGCAGGGCCAGCGAGGCUCUGCCAAGGACAGGAAGAUGCUCAAGUUCAUCAGUGGCAUUUUCACAAAGAGCAGUUCAGGGGCCAUGGGGCCAUCCUGCACAGCACCUCCAGUUUAUAUCCAGAGAGAUUCCAGUGAGGAGGAAGUAAACAUUGCCAACAGCCAGGAGUGGACAUUGAGCAGAUCCAUCCCAGAGCUGAGACUGGGUGUUCUCGGAAGUCUAAAAAGUGGAAAGUCAGCGCUAGUGAACAGAUACAUCACUGGCAGUUAUGCAGCAAUUGAGAGGCCAGAUGGUGGAAGGUAUAAGAAGGAAGUGCUGGUGGAGGGUCAGAGUAAUUUAUUACUGAUUCGGGAAGAAGUCGGAUGCCCUGAUGCACAGUUCAGCAGCUGGAUUGACGCAGUGAUCCUCGUCUUCAGCCUGGAGAACGAAGCCAGUUUUAAGGAGCUUUACCAGCUCUACAGCCAGCUCAGUACAUUCCGCCCAGACAUCCCCAUUUUUGUUGUUGGCACACAAGAUAAAAUAAGUAGUACCAAUCCUCGAGUGAUUGAGGAUCAGCGGGCCAGACAGUUGUGUAAAGAUGUUCGUUCCCUGCUGUUUUAUGAGACCUGUGCCACUUACGGCUUCAACGUUGACCGAGUGUUUUCAGAAGCUGCCCAGAAGAUUGUAGCUCAGAAGAAGCAGGUGGCGCUGCAGGCCUGCAAGUCUCUGCCGAACUCCCCCAGUCACUCUGGAGGCUCCACACCGGGAUCAGCAUCCUUCCCUGGACAGGCCAGUAAUGGCCCCAGUAGUGGCUAUGCCUACUCCCUUCCCUCCACCCCAGUGGUGGGUCACAGAGAGCUCCGGGUUGCUCAGAUGGAGGGGGGAGGCAGUACCAGCUCCCGUUCACAGAAGACCAUCACCAGACGGCCCUCCCUCUUCAAGAACCGGGAAACAGAUAAAAAAGCUGGUGAUCCCAAAGGAGAGCGCGGCGUUCCCAUCAAACAGAGCAUCCUGUGGAAGAAAAGUCAUAAAUCUCUGAAUAAGGAGUGGAGGAAGAAAUAUGUGACUCUGUCAAACAACACACUGUCUUAUCACUCCAGCUCCAAUGACUAUACACAGAAUAUCCAUGGAAAGGAAAUUGACCUGUUGCAUGUGACAGUCAAAGUACCUGGGAAACGUCCUCCAAGAGCUGUUGCACCUUCAGGCCCCUCACCUGUCCCCCCAGGUACUUCACCUGGGGUUAAUGGGCUGAGUAAGGAGCUAACAGCAGCUGAUGUCACCAGUACAGUUCCUCAGCUGUGUCCAGCGACUCUGUCUGUGGUCGAUGACCAGUUAGGUGGUUUGUCUCCUCAAGGAGGUGAGAGAGGACUUCAGCGCUGCCCUUCCUCUCUGUCCACUAAAGCACAAAGUGUUGACGGCCUUGAAGGGACAGCUGGUAAUUUUGCUGGGAAAGAUUCUGGCCAGUCAUCUCCCAUGAGUGAUAGGAAGAAGAACAGGAGGAAAAAAAGCAUGAAUCAAAAAGGAGAUGCAGCUGUCGGACAAGCUGAAGCCAAACGCAAAAUGUGGAAAUUAAAGAGCUUUGGUAGCUUGAGAAACAUUAAUAAGACAGAGGAAGAAAAUACAGACUUUAUCAUUGUUUCGUUUACUGGGAAGACGUGGCACUUUGAGGCUCAGAGUCAGGAAGAGAGGGACUCAUGGGUGUCUGCUAUAGAGAACCAGAUCCUCGCCAGCCUCCAGUCCUACGACAGUGGCAGAAACAAGGCUCGGAGGAGCAGUCAGAGCGAGGCCAUGGCACUGCAGGCCAUCCGAAAUGCUAAAGGCAACAGUCUGUGUGUGGACUGCGAAGCUCAGAAUCCAACUUGGGCCAGUCUCAACCUUGGAGCGCUCAUCUGUAUUGAGUGCUCAGGGAUCCACCGAAACCUAGGGACUCACCUGUCCCGUGUCCGCUCAUUGGACCUGGAUGACCUGCCGGGAGAGCUCACACAAGUCCUGGCCGCCAUAGGGAACCACAUGGCUAACAGCAUCUGGGAGAGCUGCACCCAGGGCCGAACAAAACCCACACCCAACGCAACAAGAGAAGAACGGGAGUCCUGGAUCCGAGCGAAGUAUGAACAGCGUGUGUUCGUGGCUCCUCUCCAGCCAGUCCCUGGGACCCAACCUCCAGAAGAAGGCAUGCCGGCCCUGCUGCUGUCUGCGGUGACUGAGAGAGAUCUGCCCCGGCUGCUGCUGCUGUUGGCCCACAGCACCAAGGACCAGAUCAACACCCCACUGGGUGGAUCGUCCUCGCUGCCGCGCACGGCUCUGCACGCUGCCUGUCAGCUGGGUGAUGUGGUCAUGACCCAGCUGCUUGUCUGGUACGGAAUCGAUGUGAAAGCAAAAGACAGCCAAGGUCAGACAGCCAUAAUGAUGGCCAAGAAAAGCGGGAGCAAAGGCUGCAUCGAUAUCUUGGUCCAGCAUGGGUGUGCCAGCGAGACGUUGCCCACCCCCGCCACUCCUGUUCUGUCCCGUCGCUCCAGCACUGCCAGUCUGGGUCGAACCAGCUCCAGGAAACGGGUGUCGUAGCGUGCUGAUGCUGCUGCUGGAGGAUGCUCAUAGCUUAAAAACCAUAGGAGGAAGCAAACGUGAGAGGUGUAAGAACUGUACAAGACUGCUGUAUAUCAUAAAAACAUUUUUUCUGAAGACUGAACAACAUAUCAAACAACUUAAAAGCAAUAUUCAAAACAAUCUGUUGAUGACAAACAUCACUGAAAAAAUCCUGUUUAUCUGUCAACUUCAUUUCUAAGUAAGUGAAGUAGAAGUGUAGUAGUCUUCUGUAAUCUGUUCCACUUCCUCCUGAAGAAGUGCAAUAAUCCAGCUGAUGAUGAAGAGCAACAAAUGUUAGUGUGAAUCUUGGGCUCAGAAGAUUUGUUGUGACUGGACCAAAACUGGCAUUUUUUCUUUUGGCUUUACGGAUGUGUCAUAAACCUCCAGUUUGUCAUGUUGCUAGUUGUUCUCCUGCAGUUUUGCUAUUAUAACCGGUUUCUGUGACAAAUCAGCUGAAAUAAUUCUGCUUAAACUACAAAUAUGAAUGUUUGGAUUUUGAAAUAAGUCAGUGUUAUGAUUAAAGAUGACCAAUAUGACAUUUUAUUAUACUGUAAAAGUACCUAUAUAUGUAAUGUUCAACUCUGUAACAAAGACACACAUGAAGAGACCAACACAGUUUUGUAAAUGAUUUCUUACCAAUAGUUUUAAAAAUCUAAUGUUUGUUUUUCAUUUUCUUAUUCUACAUUUCAUAGAGCAGUGAACAGAUGGUUUUAUGUACGUAAACAUGUGUUAAAGUGUUAUCUGAGAUGACCGAGACACCACAGGAAGAUGUUCUUCACAUUACUAUUACUGAUGCGAGGGUCAAUCCUGUGAGCUCAAAGCAGUUGUGCUGUCUCCUCUGACACUUUGUGGGUCGUGUGAAUUCCUCAUGAGUUAAAAAACAUCACAAUAAAUUUUUUUAUUUGCAUUAA